AUGGCUAACAGGCGUCAAUUAUCUCCGCCCAACUCAAACGUCAUUCCGACCCCCAGGCAAAUACCGGUCGAUCCGAGCCUCGAAAAAGCCCCCUCUCAGUAUAUAUCUCAGUUCUACAGCACCCUCAAGCGCCCUCAUAUUCAGAGUGCCCCCAACACGCAGAGUGCAGAGCGUGUCGACACCCGUCCGCUUGCGCAGGUCUUCACGAUAAGGGCCCCAUCGAAAUACAACGCAAAGGUUGAUUUCGAUACCAUCAGGCUCACUCAAUCACAAUCUACUCGCGUUAAUGAACCGCCGGCGCUCGCCCAACCCAUCACUGCCCAAGACACUAUGUUGGCAAGCAAUGAACCACAGAUCACCGACCUAGAGGCUUACGUGAUGAGCGAAGAAUUUGACCAAGACUGCCACGCGCUCUCUAUCAAAGCGUACGCGGGUUUUCGAUCCGGAUAUCCAGAAUAUGUGGAACCUCUCAGUAACGAAGAUGCCGACUCCGUCGCCAGUUCUCCCCAUGACCCCUCAAAGCUGGAGGCAUAUCUUUACUAUUUCGGGAUUCGUGGUCCGAAUCUACGCGGGCCAAAGUUGAUCUACAGGAAUUCGAUCGACAAAUACAUCCCACCGUCACCUGGCAAUCAACCUCGCGAGAUGCAGCUUCUUACCGUUGAUGAACACCCUCAACUCGAUCAAAACAAUACUUGGGCUACGGUUGCGUCUGAAAUUGUUCGGCUCCUUAAGGAGAGAAACAUUCAGUACUCCACUGUCGACCUGGUCCGAUUUAGCUGGAUUGAGGAGCCUGAGGAGGACGAAAGCUUCGAGAGCGACGAAAGCGACCAGAGCGAUAAGACCCCCGAAGUCAACGCGACUCACGAUGACGAGAAGGGUGAAGAACAUACUGAUAUUGACGAGUUUGAAAUUGCUUUCCACGAGCAUGGAAAACGUUACACCACUCCAGUUACAAUCUGGAUAGGAGUGGUACCAGAUACUCUUACAGGACAAGUUGCUUUUAACUGCUCCAACGAGAUUGAAGAUCUUCUCAAAAGAUACGAGAUUUUGGACAUCGACAUUGCGUUCCGCGAAGGGAUAACAAGUAUUCUGGACGGUCCACCACUAUACUCGCCGGUGUCGAACGUGAGCCCGCUCAAGGAUGUUAUCGAUCCAUUAACUACUGCACUCGGUCUGCCUAUUGCCGGUUUGAAAUCACUCAAUCGUCAGGGAACACUCGGUGCAUUCUUUCGGUGGCAAGAUAAGUAUUAUGGCUUCACCGCCCGUCACGUCCUUUUCCCCUUGGAGGAGGGGAACAAAGAAUACGAUUACUCAAAUUCUGCACCGAAGAAGAAAGUUGUUGUUCUAGGGUCGAGGGAGUUCGACGAUCUUCUUGAUUACAUCCAAGGUCAAAUUGGCGCUCAUAAUCGGACGAUUCCCAUUAUGGAAAACGCGAUUUCGAUAUUGGCAACACGGUCGCAAGAAGAUGACUUUACAGAUCAGACUGUACUGAACGAGCUCAAGGAACAACAGAACGAAUUGGAGAAGACACGAACGAAGAUCAUCGCGCUCAAGGAUUUCUAUGUUCAAGUCAAGAGCAAAUGGUUCAAUCCCUUGGAUCGGGUUAUCGGGCAUGUAGUCUGGGCGCCACCCAUUAGCACUGCGACACCACCAGACGGUUAUACAAAAGACCUGUGCGUUAUUGAGCUGGACAAGAGGAAAUUUGCAAAUUUCGGGGGCAACGUUCUCGACCUGGGUGUGUGCUGGUCCGUCCUGCUGCAGGUAUCCAAUCUAACAGCAUACACUAAAGGUCCAGAGAUUGAACCUGGCACGUUUGCCUCCCUAGUAGAUCCCCCUCUUAAAAACCGCAGACCAGAAUUCCACUACCCGGGGAACCGUCUCUUGAAGCUGAAGGGUAUUUUUUUCGCAGACAGGAUGAGCAACAAGUAUCAGAACUCUGAAGGCGACAAUAUCUGUCACGUCAUCAAACGUGGUGCCGCCACGAACACCACCAUUGGAAAUUUCUCCAAGUACGAGUCUCAUAUCUGCCACUAUUAUGGGAUGGCCGAGCAAAAAUCCACGCAAGCGGCUAUCCAUAGCUAUGACAACAAAUCCAACCCGUUUUCAAAACUCUACAGAGGCCAGCUUAGCCCAUUCUCCGCACGAGGGGACAGUGGAUCUAUAAUAGUGGACGCCCAAGGCCGAUACGUCGCUCUCCUGACUAGUGGAGUUGGUUCAACUGCAUCAACGGACAUAACGUUCGGUACCCCGUUCCACUGGCUAUGGGAGAUUAUCAAGAAAAGGUUCCCUGGGGCAAGCCUCUACUUUGACGACUAG